AUGACCCCUCUGGUCCACGGAAAACCCUCCGCGGAACUGGCCCCUGAUACGCAAAUGUUUGAGGCCCGCUAUUGUAAAGAUGUCAACGCUUCUGAUAAGAAUGACUGGAAACCUAUACACAAUGCUGCCUUCUACGGCCGGCUAGGCUGCCUCCAGCUUCUUGUCCGAUGGGGAGCUACAUUAGAUGAUGCGGAUAAAGAUGGAAAUCUUCCAGUUCACCUGGCUGCCAUGGAAGGCCACCUGCACUGCUUUAAAUAUUUGGUGAGCAAAAUGCCCACGUUGGUCCACGCCUUGAAAGCCCGGAAUGACCACGGUGAGACCCCACGGGAUCUGGCCACGAGGUUCUACAAGGAAAGCAUCCUGGUGUACAUGGACAGUCUAGAGGAGGAGGAGGAGGAGGACUCAUCCUUGGACGAGGAAGAAAACUUAAGCUUUCCAGGGCAUGAUGCCGCUUUCAGAGGGGACCUGGACACCCUAAGAAUGCUACUAGAAAAUAAAAUCAUCAGCGUGAACGAACGGGAUGAUCGAGGAUCAACGCUGCUCCACAAAGCGGCAGGACAAGGUCAUUUACAUGUCUUAGAGUGGCUGAUUAACCGGGAAGCCGACUGCAAUAUUGCCAAUGAUGCCGGGGAAACACCCAAGGAUGUUGCAAAGAGGUUUGCUCAGCUGGCUGUGGUGGCGUAUCUGAAAAACAAGAUGGGAAAUGACUCCGAUUUGGAAAUCGACAUAAAAGACCCAACUUUUUUUGAACAUCAUGGUGUGGAAGGGAGCACAGAUAGCAAGGGAGAUCUGAAGGAAAACAAGCAAGAGAAAAUCGAUGCUCGGGAGUUCGUAGUUCCAACCAUCCCCCAUGACUGGAAGACUACAAAAUACUUGGUGAGGACCGUCUCUGAGCUCAACGGGCAACUGGAAUAUGAGCAGAUGCGACGGGAGAAGUUGGAAGCGCAACUGGACGAAGCCCGAGCAGAAAUUGGAAAACUUAAAAAGCUACAAGAAAAAAAUGAGAUGUCUUCAACCCAUAAGCUCUCUGUGGAGUCAUUGGAUUUCUUGAAAGAAGAGCCUGAUUUACACACAGCCGCCUCCGAUUUGCCUAAAGUGAGUUUUGACACCAAGAAAGAGAAGAGAUUGAAAAAAAGACCCCUCUUCGGCCCUGGAGGUGUGAUUGUAAAAAGAUUCUAA